UGUAGGGUAACGGAGAGUAAACAUCCUGAGUUCCCAGUGGGAGGAUACCAUGUUGUAUUUGCUGGCUGGACAACGCACUUUAUAUCUGAUGGCCAAGGGCUACGUGCAUUACUCUCCUGGCCUGAAUCUCUGCCGAAAUCACUAGCACUUGGAGCCAUAGGCAUGCCUGGUCUGGCAGCAUACUUCGGCUUGCUGGAAAUCUGCAGUCUCAAGGAAGGAGACGUGGUUCUUGUUAACUGUGCUGCUGGUGCUGUAGGUUCUGUAGUGGGACAGAUUGCAAAGAUCAAGGGCUGUAAAGUAGUCGGAUCUGCUGGCUCAGAUGAAAAAGUUGUGUAUUUAAAAGAAAUCGGUUUUGAUGAAGCUUUCAACUAUAAGACUGUGAACUCUCUGGAAGAAGCACUGAGGGCAACAUCUCCAGAGGGAUACACCUGUUACUUUGAGAAUGUUGGAGGUAAAUUUGCAGAUGCUGCCUUGCAACAAAUGAGAGAUUUUGGAAGAAUUGCUGUAUGUGGUGCCAUCUCUAUGUACAAUGACGCAGUGCCUCCUUCAGGACCUUCUAUACAUCCAACUAUCCUGCUUAAACAACUCCGAAUGGAAGGAUUCAUUGUGACACGCUGGAAGAAUAGAUUUGAGGAAGGCGAGAAGCAGCUACUGCAGUGGGUUUUAGAGGGCAAAUUGAAAUAUCAUGAGCACAUCACCAAUGGAUUUGAGAACAUGCCAGCAGCAUUCAUGGGAAUGCUCAAGGGAGAGAACAUUGGGAAAGCCAUUAUCAAAGUGUAG